CCUGGAAUCGUGAUGACAAGAAAGUGAGACUUCAGAAUGCCACCUUGUCUAACCCCGUUUUGGUGCCUUUUGCCCCUGUUUACAUCAAUAGAAGAGGUGUUUUCUUUAAGAGGGAAGUCUGUUCUUUCAAACAGUACAAUCAUUUUAUGUGGGAAAGUACCGGACAACAAAACCCCUUUUCUAGAGCCCUUUUGGAAAUCAGAUCGGGGACUAGUAAUUCAAUAUGGGAGUCGCUCGAAAAGAAAUACAAAGGUAUCUUACAUUAUGUGUCGGUACAUUUGGACUUUUGUUUUGCGGAAAUUUAAAUGCUUUUAGUAUUUAUGCUGUGGCUGUUAAACAGACGUUUGAGUUUACGCAAUCAGAACUUGAGUACAUCACCGUUAGUGUUACCACCGGUCUCGAACUCCCUGGAUACUUUUCCGGCAUCGUUGUAGAUAAAUAUGGACCUAGAUUCGCUUGUAUACUUGCUGCUAUGCUCACCUGGCCUUGCUUCGUUUUAAUGUGGAUGUCAAUGCAGUUCAAAACAUUAUUUGCAUCGUGGAACUUGUUCAUGUGUUUAAUAUAUUUCAUAGCUGCUAGUGGUUGUUGCUGUGCACAUAUUGCGAUCAUUGGAACGAUUUCUAUAAACUUUGAAGGAAAACAUCGAGGGAAAAUUGUUGGAUUUGCAAGUGCUAUUUAUGGUUCGAGUUCGCUUAUAUUUGCUGCUAUCUAUCAAGGAAUAUUUGUCGAGGGGCAUAUUACGGAUGAAGAAAACCAAAAUCUCGCAGGCUUUUUCAUUCUGUUAUGCAUAUUGGCAGGAUGUACACUUUCUCUUUGCUCGGUUCUCCUUAUAAGAGUGCCGCCAGUUACACCUUCAAUACCCCAUUUAGAGAAGAAGCGUUAUUCAACCGAAAGUAGCCAAGAUGAAGAAAUUAUGAGAAUGGAGACCAACAUUAAUAAAGGAAAACUGAUGGAUGAUGAUGACUAUAAUCUAACGAAUGCUGAGGAUGACACGUUCGACGCCAAGACUCCAUUCAUUGAUAGGAAUUUGAAUACCGAUAAAAAUACACCAGAGGUUGGAAAGGAUAUCACAGAUUCUACCUGCUUUCAGAUGAUCAAGACAUUGAAGUUUCAUUACUUUCUCUGGAUUGUGAUUAUCCUUAAAGGCAUUGGACUGACAUUUUCUACUAACGUUACAAUUGUAGCUAAAUCUGCACUCCUUGAGACAGCAUCGCUCCCGUUACUAAUGACCGGUUCAAUUUCUAAUACACUAGCAAGGUUUUUAGGAGGCUGUAUUCCUGAUAUUCUCAAACAGAAAUUUCCAUUCGUCCCGACAAGCUCCUUGCUUUUGUUUGCAUCUUUCCUCAUGAUGUCGGGUCAAAUUUUGCUCAUAUUCUUUAACCAAAGUCUCAUAGGAUUAGUAUCUUGUUCGGUAAUGCAUAGCGUAGCAAAUGGACUAACAUCUGUAAUGGUGAUGAUUGGUAUUGCAGAACUUUUUGGAUCAACGGAAUUGUCACAAAAAAUCGGAUUGGUUUUAUCACUAGGUGGAAUAUGUGCAUUUCCAUUUGCAAAACUGUUCGCUUGGAUUUAUGAAAAUAAUAGUCCCCAGGGUUCUACAAAUUGUGUUGGUGUGCACUGUUCAAGAGGAGCUUACGCCAUAAUGGCUGUAUUUGCACUCGUCUCGGCUUUGCUAAGUUCAGCUCUCGCAAAGGCAGAACAUAAUCAAAAAUCCCAAAACCAGACAUAAGAUAACGCAAAAUGACACUCAUAAAUGGAUCUAAUUCGUUAGGCCAUUCGUAAAAACAUCUGCUCUAUGCAUGUACUCAUGAAAAUAAAUGAUUCGUAAUAUUAGUACUAUACAGGGUGGGCCAAAAAACGUCCAUAUUUUUAUUUCGAUAUAACUAUUUCGAAAAUAGAUGGAUAUCAAUAAAAGGGCAGAUUAUGCAGGAAUCGAUUUUAUAAUUGUUCCUCAAGUGGGAAAAAUAGAUAAUUUUAUAUAUACUUUUAAAUAAGACCACUAUUACCUGAACUUUUAGUAGCUUAUAGGGGUUGAGUUGUCCAUGGGAUGAGUUGCCUUGGGGGAAGACUUGUCAAAUGGUUGAAUUGUUUAGGGAUUGAGUUGUCUAGUCGAGGAGUUGUUCAGGGGUGAGUUUUCUGUAAGCUGGUAAGGGGUUCACAUGUAAAAAUUGGGAAGAUUUGCAACCAUUUUGGAACUACAUGUGCUAAUGUUUUGUGGGGUUUCUUCAUCUGAUAAGAGCCUAAAAUGAACACUUAAAUGGUAUACCAUAUUUAUUAAAAGAUUUG